UUUUCUGCUUGUCGGAAAUGACGCAUUGUUGAUUUGAUGUGAAAGGUCACGAAAAUCUUCUCAACUUCCUUUCUUGCUAGCGGUGGCCACAGAAUAGCACCAAGAUGGGCAAGUUCAUGAAACCUGGGAAGGUGGUGAUGGUCCUUGCUGGGCGCUACGCUGGGCGUAAAGCUGUUAUCGUCAAGAACAUUGAUGAUGGCACCUCCGAUCGCCCCUACAGUCACGCACUGGUCUCAGGCAUCGACCGCUACCCCCGCAAAGUGACCACAACCAUGGGCAAGAAGAAGGUCGCCAAGAGGUCCAAGAUCAAGGCCUUCGUAAAGGUGUACAACUACAAUCACCUCAUGCCCACCAGAUACUCUGUGGACAUUCCUCUGGACAAAACUGUCGUCAACAAGGAUGUCUUCAGAGACCCUGCCCUGAAACGCAAAGCCAGACGGGAGGCCAAGAUUAAGUUUGAGGAGAGGUACAAGACAGGCAAGAACAAAUGGUUCUUCCAGAAGCUUAGAUUCUAGGCGUUCAUUGGUUUCACUAAUAAAUGUAUAAGAAAAUGUA